CCACAUCUCUCAUUAUUUCUCUUUUUCUUUUUUCUCUCCCUUUUCUUCUCUCCCCAAAUUUCUUUAGCUGUCCAGCGAGGACGCGUCCCGCCAACACAACAUCCCGGAUUUCCCGGACAGAUGGCUCUCACGAACGGAGACCCGCUAAACGGACAUACGUACCUGUCGAGCUUCAUAUCAAUGCUGAUACGUGCCGAACCCUACCCUACGUCACGCUACGGUCAGUGCAUGCAACCAAACAAUAUAAUGGGUAUUGAGAACAUUUGUGAACUUGCCGCCAGACUGUUGUUCAGUGCGGUCGAAUGGGCGCGAAAUAUCCCCUUUUUUCCGGACCUUCAAGUUGCAGAUCAAGUAGCUCUCUUACGGCUCAGUUGGAGCGAAUUGUUCGUUUUAAAUGCUGCUCAGUGCUCUAUGCCGUUACAUGUGGCACCGCUGUUAGCUGCUGCUGGGCUCCACGCGAGCCCAAUGGCGGCUGACAGAGUUGUAGCUUUUAUGGAUCAUAUAAGAAUAUUUCAGGAACAGGUUGAAAAAUUAAAGGCACUCCACGUCGAUUCGGCGGAGUAUAGUUGUUUGAAAGCAAUUGUGCUAUUUAGUUCAG